UUACAAGAACCUGGUUUCAAGCCCUUUCCAAAUCAGUUUUUAUUUCUUUCAUUGUUUGUCUGUAGCAAAAGUUAUGGUUAUCUGAAGUUAUCUGAUCACUAUGAUUUUCAGAAAUGGAAUUUCUGGUUUAACGCAAAACAGGUUUAACGCAGUCACGUCCUGCUAGCGGGACGAUUGGCACUGUGUUUAUUGCCUAUUUUUCAUAUCACAUACUUUAGUAAUCAUCAUAGAUUAGGUAUCAUUCGAGAGCUUAUGAACUCAAAAUUCGAUUGAGAGGCGAGCAAGAUCUUUUAAGCGAGCAGCUUCAGACGCCGUUGUUCUCUUGUGCUCUGCAUCUCACGCGUUGGAUACAUUUUUUUUAUAAAAACUUGCGUGCCGUUGUAGUUUACACAGGACUGUCGGGAAAUGCACAUUGAUAUACCUUUAUUCUGUUUAUUUUGAUAGGUGACAGUCUAUCACUCUGCACGUGUUCUUAAAGAGACAGUCUUUUCAGCUUGCUACUAUAAAUUGCUAUUUUUCUGCAUCAAACUAGUGAAACUUCUGCCAAUAUACAUUCAGAGAUGAUAGGCAAGAUGUUAUAGAAUAAUAAUUUAAUGAAAACCCAAUUUUGUCAAAAAACUGACAUUCAAUCUAAUUUUAGACCUUACUGAAAACGUACCUGAGCAACAUCUGAUGGGUUUUCCCAGAUAUUGUCAAUAUGGAUUCAACCGUACUGGACUAAGGAAACUGCUUUGGUGAUAGAGUCCAUCCUUGCUGAGUUCCAGGGACCAGCCGGCCUUGACAUCGAUGGCAUUCACCUGUUCAAGUCGCCAGAGGCAGUCGACGCUCACUGGGUAGUUGCGAGCAAGCACCUCAGUUGCAUGCAGGAUCCCCCUGGCAUACCGCUGUAUGUGUCUGUGAAGGUGGUGGUGAUGAACGGUGUCCGACUGAACAAGCACAAGUGCCGGCGUGGCAGCAACUCUCUGGAGGGGUUGCACGCCCACCUGUUCAACGCCGUCCCUUCACAGCGAUGUGGAAUUAUGCCAUUCCAAGUGAGUGAUUAAAACAUAAUAUAUAUAAAGCUUCAUUGCAGACGAGGAGGAGCUCCUUGGUGUCGAGUACGCCAUGUGCCAGUCCACCAGCUUCACUGCCAGGGACUAGUACGUGCAGAAAGUUGAGGAAGAGCAGUCGCGUGAGGAGGAGGAGGACGACGACGAGUCGGCUGAGCAGGAAGACGACGAGAUGGCGGAUGAGGGUCUCGGCAUGUCUUCUGAUACAGAGGAGGACCCGAUAGACAGAGUCUGUGGCAAGCACGUCGUCCUCACACAGGCAGAACAGGUGGAAGAGGAGGACAGUCCUGCCCUGCAAGAUGUGCUGAUGAGACAUCGACAUCUGCAUCUGCCAGGUAUAGAGGAAGUGGAGGCACUGGCCUUGCUCCUCCUAGAACUGGCCGACAACAGCGACCACCACUUAGUGCCGGCUGACCUCAGGCAGAAGAUCGCCGCCGCCGCCAGCUCUCUCCACGACCACGACAAGACCGCGGCCCGCUUCCUCAAGCAGUACGAGUCCAGGUGGGGUUACACCUUGUUCGGUCGGUGCCUUGGGGCGGACUCUCCCGAGACCAGAGCAGCCCAGAAGACCAAGUUUGGCUGCAUGAGGUACGCUCAGGCGGCACAGGUGACCGAGGACAGUCGCUUGCUCUACCUCCUCCUCAAGAUGCUGAAGAACCGAGCGCCGGCCAAUCAGCUCACCUCCCCCAGCAAGGUCACGGCUUCUUUGAAGGGACAGUAUAAGAGGAUUGCAGACCGAGUUCAAGACGACCCCAUCCUCAGCGGUCUCGCCAUUCCACUGCCCAACUUGAACGCCAAGUCCAUCUCGACCUUCGCUGCCAGGGAGGAGAAAAAGGCCAACUACGGGGCGACGGUACUGCCGAAGGUGACGCCUCACCUGAAAGUGCUGUCGGACGCACCGUUCCCUGAAGCUCCUGCGCUACUAACAUCCCUCCCACCCCCAGACCGGCCUCAGGUCCAGUACCAGCAUGUUCAUCACGAGGCUGGAAAAAGGCGUGGUGAGAAGCGGAGAUUAUUUGAUGAAGAGCCAGAGCCUGUGCCUCCUGUGGACUGGCCCGUUCAGCCCACAGCGUCGUCCUCCUCCACUCGGCCAAGGCCUGCUGCGUCCACCCACCUCCAGCCAAGGCCUGCUGCGUCCACCUAUGGACCACCCGCUGUGUCGGCAGCACCCAUACUGCUGGUUCUCCCCGCACAGCCACUGGCUCCCUCUGUCCUGUUUCGUGGGCCAUCGUGCAGCCAGAGCUUUGUACCUCCUGCACCAACAGUCAAGGCAUUCAUGCCGAACAAGUCCUCGUGGCCAUGUGGGGCUUGCCACGUGCCUAAUUGUGGUGGACAGCGGAAGAGGUACACACCUUCCAAGGACAAAAUGGCAGAAAGCACCCAGAAGAUAUUUUCCUUCUGUCCAUCCACUAAGAAAUCCACCACCUCUGGGUUUGACAAUGUGGUGUACGACAGCUUUGAACACUUUAAAAGUGUGGUGGAUGUGGAGUUGGAAAAGAGGAGAACUGUGUAAAUAACUGUGUAAAUAACUGUGUAAAUAACGUACCUGUGUGAUGCCACUUCUCCUGUGCCAUCUGUAGGAGAGAGAAAGAGGCUUGUUUGUUUAUUAGAUUGUACUUGAAGCACUUUGUAACACAAUCAAACAAACAAACAAUUUAUUUAUAUAGUUCAAAAGUUCAAAAAAUGCACUUUCCAGUUUUACUUUAGAAUGUUCUUGUUUGUUUUUUAUUAUUAUUUAUGUUGCUCUUAAAAUGCACUUUGUAGUAUCUUUUUUUUUUUUUAUACAAACAUGUUCUGGCCUAUGUUCAAUAUCAAGGCCAAUCUAACCUCAAUCAUUUUAGCCUUAAUCAGUUCUGAUCUAACACAAUCAGUUUUCAUAACCCUUAAGUGAUUGUUCAUGUUCAGAUAAUCUGUGUCUUUGUCUGCUUCAUGUUUAACAAAAAUUUGCCAAAGAAAACACUUUAUUUGUUGAUUAGUGACCUGAGUCUUUGGAUAAUCCUGUUCUUUAUUGGGCUUGGGCCUGUACAAAUCAAAAGUUUGUGUUUUUAAUUGUUUUUGAUUAUUAUUAAUGUUAUUUAUGUGUGCGUGUCCUUGUGAUGUUUGUAUAUCUGUCAGCUUCCAUGUUUAACAAAAUGUUUGCAAAUGGUAGUAAAUGUUUGUCUCUCGUGUUCUCGCUCGUAGAUCUGUACCUUGUUGUGGUGAGCGAGCUUUAAACCAAACAGAUCUUGUUUACUUGUGUUUCCAUGCAUUGCCUUUUAAAUGAAACACAAUCUGGGUGAAAAAUAAAAGUUGUAAAACUAUUUCAAGUAUUUUGGAGUCUCUGAA